AUGGUGCAUAUUGGGAUCCCCGCGAAUUACACUGCUUCACCAUCAAGCUUUAGUCACACACCGUCGUUGACUAUCAAUCGUGAAGUUGCGCUAGACCUUGAUUCCAGCAAUGCAUUCGAAGGUCCGGAAAAACUUUUAGAAGUAUGGUUCAGUCCAUCAUCGCAUGCCCUCCAUGGCUGUUCGGAACCGACCGGACUCAAAGCGGUGCCUGCCGAAGUCUGGAAAGCAAUGCUGGAUCUCGUCAAUUGCAAAGUGUUGUCGAUUGUGGAAUCCGAAGAUGUUGAUGCCUAUCUUCUCUCCGAGUCGAGCAUGUUUGUCUUCCCACAUAAGCUUAUCUUGAAGACAUGCGGCACCACCACCUUGCUCUGCGGUCUACCACGAAUCCUCGAGAUCGCCACCCUUUUCGGUGGCUUCCCCCGCUCUACCGCACCUCCGUCUCACGGUAUUGCGAUUGCAGCUGCUCCAUACCGAGUGUUCUACAGUCGUAAGAACUACUUGUUUCCCGACCGUCAGCGUGGCCCACAUCGCAGUUGGCGUGAUGAGGUGCACACGCUUGACAAACUCUUCCUCGGAGGAAGUGCCUACAUGAUUGGCAAAAUGAAUGGCGAGCACUGGUAUCUCUAUUUGACCGAACCGUUCACCAUGUUGACACCCCCUGCAAGUCCCCAAAGCAUGGACAGUCCUGGAGCUGAAACGGAAACGAAGAUCUUGAAUUUGCCCUCCUCUUUGGUCCGUGAUCGUGGCUCGAAACUAUGCGAGGGUGAUGAUGAGACUCUGGAGAUUCUUAUGACUGAUCUGGAUGAGGAGAAUGCUAAGCAAUUCUACCUGGACCAUGCGAGUGCGGUCGCAGAAGAUCAGUGGAGGGGAUCCCAGGAAGGACAAGACGAUCACGUGGACGUGUUCGGCAAUGGUUCAUCUGAUGGGAGUGACAUCUCGGUGAAGGAAGAGCCAUAUCCUGCUGAACUCACAACCGAAGGCCAUGCCCUCGGCACUGUUGUCUCUGAGUCUUGCGGCCUGUCAGAGGUCUACCCGACAAGCCACUACCCAGACUCUCGUAUCGACGCAUAUCUCUUCACUCCUUGCGGGUUCUCGGCCAACGGAGUCAUUCCUGCGCCACGCGGUGGCAAAGGGACUCACUACUUCACUGUCCAUGUGACGCCCGAACCUAUCUGCUCAUAUGCAUCUUUUGAGACCAAUGUACCUGCCGGUCAGAAUGGUCGGGAAACCGCCGACAUCAUCCAGCACGUUGUGGAUAUCUUCAAACCUGGCCGGUUCAGCGUCACCCUGUUCGAAGCCAAGAGCAACUAUGAAGAGCGAGCUUAUGCCGGCGACGACGAAUUGGCUCAAAUCAAGAUGUUGGAGCGACGAGCUGCUCAUCGUGCCGCUAGGAUGGAUACUCUCAAAGGAUAUCGUCGGGUUGACCGUAUCGUCCAUGACCUCGACGGUUAUGACUUGGUCUUCCGUCACUAUGAGAGAGUGGACUGGAAGGGAGGUGCACCGCGCAUUGGCGAACGAGGGUUUUAA